UGCAAUGAACGUAAUAAAUGUUAUACAUGUAUAUUUAUAGUGGGUGGAUACAGUAUGACGCAGCAUUUGACAAAGUGUAAGAUGAAAUAAAUUCUGGAAUGAGAAUAGAAACAUGCGCUGAUUGACAUUUGACUUCAGCAAAUUUUCAAUAUACUUUUGUUCAGUCUUAUUUAUUGUCUCUCUUAUUCAGCACACAUACCGCAAGUAAUUUAACAAACAUCAUUCUAUGCGAAAAACAAAAUCUAAAGUGAAUUGCGCCUGUGAGAGAAGGGGAUGACCUCAAUUUUGCUUUUCUAUCACUUUGGCAUCACCAGGAAGUAUGUAAUCUUCAACCGUGCAUUCAACAACUUUUCCUAACUUUUCAACAAAUACUGUAUACAAAAAAUCAGGAAAAACUACAAAUUCUCUCCCUGAAGAACCGAGGAAAAAUAUGGAAGAAAAUUUCAAUGGUUUCCAUUCUGUAAUUAUAUAGAUGAUGAUUUCAAUUUCGAUAUCAUAUGCGCUACGAACCUGCGUACUAACCCCUUCACAAAGAAGUCUUGUAGAAAAGCUUGGACGAUGGCAACUACUCGUCAGUAAACGCUAAAGUAUUCGCAAGUUAAGUUGUCAUUUGGCCAUUCUCUGGUCGUUUGAAUUUAAGGAGACCGGCUUUAUUUUUUUAUUACACUUACGUGUUCGAAUUUGUGAUCGAAUUCAUCAAUCGAGACAUUCGAUAACACUUCACUUCAGUCAUCAAGUUCUAUUUCUUCAAUUAUCCCUCGCGCACACACAACCGGCAGUGUAUAUUUAUUUUCAAUUUGAAACGUGGGAAAUAAAUUCAUUUCCGUUCUCAUCGCCUUGUGACAUUUCAAAAAUUCAGAACCUGGACAAGAUGCAAGUUUGAUAAAAGAGACUUCCAUAGAGAGAAAAAAAAAAAAAAAAAGAAAAAAUUAUUCAGAAGUGCGGUCAUGAAUCGAAGCAAGUGAGAAGAAUUUUUGAUAUUUGAGGAAAUUCGAAUUAAUUUUUUUUUUUUCAACAUCAUCAUAAUGACGUCGAAUCAUCAUUGCUCGCCUUCUCGAUCAUCUUUAAGCUGUUGCCAGGUGGAUAAUACUAGUCAAAGCGACGUGAAUGAGACAUGCGUGCCUGGAAAUAAUAAUUAUUUUAUGCAAGAGAAACAUUCGUUUCCAAAAAGGCCGGAAGUUGAUUUAUCCUUUCGGAAUAUUAGGUACAGCAUCAAGCAAUGGAACAUCCGAAAAUUGAAACCUGAGCCCAAAGAGAUUCUGCAUGGAGUCAGUGGAGAUUUUAAAGCAGGCGAAUUAACAGCUAUCAUGGGACCUUCCGGUGCUGGAAAAUCAACACUUUUAAACGUCCUUGCUGGAUUUACUGUUCAAGGUACUACCGGUGAAAUCCUAGUGAAUGGAAAGAAACGAGUACCACACAGUGAAAGGUGGAGAAGAACAUCGUGCUACAUACAACAAGACUCUUUACAAAGAACGAGACUAACGGUGGGAGAAGCCAUGACUCUUGCCGCUCACCUCAAACUCGGCUACACUAUCAGCUCUGCUUAUAAACACACUCAGGUUUUGGAGCUACUUGAAAUUCUUGGACUUGGUUAUUGCUAUGAUACUUUAUGUGGUCGAUUAUCAGGUGGUCAAAAAAAGAGACUUGACGUUGCUAUAGAACUACUUAGCAAUCCUUCAGUAUUAUUUCUUGAUGAACCUACAACUGGCUUGGAUUCUGCUUCCUGUAGCCAGUGCAUUGCUCUCUUGCAACGAUUGGCAAGAGUAGAAAGACGAACUGUUGUUUGUACGAUUCAUCAACCUAGUGCUCUGCUCUUUGAAAUGUUUGACCAACUUUACGCCGUUGCCGAAGGUCAUUGUAUAUAUAGAGGAUCAAUACAAUCACUAGUACCACAUUUAUCAUCCGUUGGAGCCGACUGUCCACCUUAUCACAAUCCUGCAGAUUUUUUAUUGGAAGUAGCGAUUGGUGAAUACGGAAUCUCAGUAGAUAAAUUAAUAGCAAAAGUUGAAAGUAUACCCAAUGAGGAUAAUACAUUACCUGCAAUAAAAUCAAGUGCCGAUGAUUUAGAUGAUAAUAUUUCACAUGAAAAAGCACCACCACCUGCAGGAUUUUUGGCACAAUGUUAUUUACUUUAUAAAAGGCAAUUGAUCUCAUUAAAAAGGGAUUAUACUUUAAUGGUGAUUCGUCUUCUUUGUCAUUUAUUGAUUGGCGUGAUAUUCGGUUAUCUUUACAGAGGAAGUGGAUUUCGUGCAAAUGGAGUUUUUGCUAAUUAUGUAUACCUUUACGGAUCACUUUUAUUAAUUGUUUACACAGGAAAAAUGGCCGUUACUCUUGCUUUUCCAUUGGAGAUGCAAAUAUUGACUAGAGAACAUUUUAAUCGAUGGUAUCGACUUGCUCCCUAUUAUAUUAGUUUGCUACUAAUUGAAAUACCAUUUCAAGCUGCUUGUGCAUUAAUGUAUUUGUCGGUUAGUUAUUGGUUGACAGGUCAACCAGUGGAAACACAUCGAAUUGUUUAUUUUAUGAUUCUAAGCAUUUCUGCAAGUUUAACUGCACAGGCGUGGGGCUUUUUUAUUGGUGCAACAACUCCCGUACGAAUCGCAGUUUUUGCUGGUCCAAUUAUUGCUGUUUUAUUUUCGGUUUUUGGAUUUUGUAUCCGUUAUAUGGAUACACCAAAAGUUUUUCGUUGGAUAUUUCACAUUUCUUAUUUUAGAGCUGGAUUCCAUAGUUUAUUGGUAUCAAUUUAUGGCUUUAAUCGUAAAGAUCUAAAAUGUGAGGAUUCAAAGGAAGCAAUUGCAUAUUGUCAUUAUAAAAAAGGGCAAAAAUUCCUGAGUGAUAUGGAAAUUGCCGACACAAAUGUAGUGAAUAAUUUGGUUUUAAUAAUAGGAAUUGGAGUGCUUAUGCAUCUUUUGACUGCAAGUGCACUUUGGUGCAAACUUAAUAGAAGAUUUUCAAUAAUGACUGAAGUUUGCCAAAAACCACCGAAUCUCAAGUUAAAUUUAACUCAAAUUAAAAAAAAUGACACCUUCAAUGAUGCUGGAUCUAAUCAAUUUAAUAAAUCCAUUAAUUUGGUAUUCAACAAUAUUACAUACAGUGUUCGGACAAAUCUUUUUUCUAAAAAAAGAAAAAAAUUACUAUCGGAAAUUUCUGGAGAUUUUAGAUCAGGCGAGCUGACAGCAAUUAUUGGUCCAUCUGGAGCGGGAAAAUCCACAAUGAUGGAUAUUUUAGCUGGAUUUACGACAUCUUCUGUUACCGGAAAUAUAACAGUCAAUGGAGAAAAUCGUGAUUUAACAUCAUUUAGAAGAUCAUCGGCCUAUAUUAUGCAAGAUGACAAUCUUCAACUUCUAUUAACUGUUCAAGAAGCAAUGGAUUGUGCUGCAAAUUUGAAGCUCAAUACAUCAUCAUUAGAAAAAAAGCAAACUGUUGAUCAAAUUUUAGUUGCCAUGGGUCUUUCAAAAUGUAGAAAAACUCGUACUGAUAAAUUAAGUGGAGGACAGAGAAAAAGACUGGUAAUUGCUUUAGAAUUAGUUAACAAUCCACCGAUUAUGUUCUUUGAUGAGCCAACAAGCGGCUUGGACAGCGUUUCAUCCAAGCAAUGUUUAGCUUUUUUAAAAAUGUUAGCACGUGAGGGUAGAACAAUAAUUUGUACAAUACAUCAACCAAGUGCAACUCUUUUUGAUAUGAUCGAUCAUCUUUAUGUUGUAUCCCAAGGAACAUGCCUUUAUACUGGUGGGACAAAAACUUUAGUUAAUUUUCUAUCCUCAUUACAAUUACAAUGCCCGACAUAUCAUAAUCCAGCAGAUUUUGUAUUAGAAAUAUGUAAUGGAGAUUAUGGUGAUAUAAUGAAAUUAGUAAAAUCAAUAGAAAAUGGUAAAAAUAAUUCAUGGAGAUCACCAACUGAAGACGAUUUAAGUAAAAUACAGCAGCUAAUUAAUGGAAAUAUUAUGACACCAAUUGUAUCACCAAAUCUUCCAACACCUGUAAUAUUAGUAAAAAAUAAAAUUAAAGGAUUAAAUCACGCAACUGGAUUUUGGAUGCAAUUAUACAUUUUACUCAAACAAAAUGCAAUUCGACUUUCUAGAGAUAGAGUUCUGACCUACAUGCGACUUUCAAUGCACUUUAUUAUUGCAAUUUUAGUUGGAAUUAUUUUCUUCAAUAUUGGCCAGAAUGCUGACUACGCUUUAGAUAAUUACAAUUUGCUUUUUUUUAAUGUCAUGUUUCUCAUGUAUAGUGCAUUUAGUGCAGCUCUUAUAACAUUUCCCUUAGAAGUGCCAAUAUUAACAAGAGAACAUUUCAAUCGUUGGUAUAAACUUCGUUCUUACUAUUUGGCUAACAAAUUGGCCGACAUCCCAAUACAAAUUACAGCAACAUUUAUUUAUACUUUAAUAGUUUAUUAUAUGAGUGGCCAAGUACAAGAUGUAAAAAGACUUGCCCUUUAUAUUUUUAUAUGUAUUGCAAUUACACUCGUUGCACAAAAAAUAGGUCUUAUUAUUGGUAUAGCAAUGAAAUUACAGUAUGGUGUAAUUUUUGGACCGCUGAUAAUAAUGCCUUUUACAAUAUUUAGUGGAUUUUUUAUUCACAUGAAUGAUGCUCAACCAUAUUUACAAUGGUUAUUUCAAAUUUCAUUUAUAAAAUAUGGUUUUGAAGGAAUUAUGGUUGCCAUUUAUGGAUACGAUAGACCAAAGAUGCGAUGCACUUCAGAAUAUUGCCAUUUUUCUCAUCCUAAACAACUUUUAAAAGAAGUUGGAAUGAAAUAUUCAGAUUAUUGGUAUAGCAUUGCAAUAUUAAUUUUAAUUUACAUUAUACUUGAUACUAGUGCUUUUUUAAUAUUAAGAUUAAGGCUGAAACAACGAUUUUAUCGUUAGUGAUAUAAGAAAAUGUUUCAAAAAUUUUAUAUUUAAAUAAUUAAUUUCAUAUUUUCAUAUAAUUUGACGAAUUUUUUAUAUUUUUCUUUAUAUUAAAAAGACAAUUUUUAUGGGAUUAAAUAGAUUAUAAUUAUAGCAAUUUAUGUUCGAAUAAAAUCAACAAUAAACAGUUGAUAAUUUUUUAUUAAUAAAAAUUUAUACCUAA